GUCGAGCUGGUCUCGCACAUCCUUCUGACCGGAGACUUCGAGGCUGCCGACCUGCUGAAUUGUGAGGCGGUUUGUCGUCUCUUCGCCUCGUUGAUGCGUGAGCCGAGCUUCGGAGAAGAGAUAUGGAGGCGUGUGUGCCAAGCGCGGUGGGGUUCCAUGGGCCUCGAUCCCGAAACUUGCUACGGAGACAGGCUCUCGGGGAUGACUCCGCGCGAGCAGUACAGGUGGGCAGAGGUUGACGGGCGGCGGCGCCUGGGCACUGUCAGCGACCUGGUGCUCGUGGAGUCAUGGGAGGUCAAAUUCUUUGGGCGGCCGCCAUACCGGAUCACAAACUUCCCUUAUCGCCGACUGGAGACGGAAGAGCGCCAUAUCCUUUCUUACCGCAGCUCGACGUUUGGCAACCAGCAGAGGCCGUUCCAGCUGCGCGAGACGCCGCAGGCCACCUUUGUCCAGGUGGACGGCAUCCCCGAGGUGAAGAUGGUGAGGCGUGGCGACUGGGGCUGGCAGCUCACCAACAGGAUCUGGACGGCGUCGUCCAUGCGGCACUGCGCGCCGCCUGAAUUUCCCAAUCCGUUGUUAUGAGCGCACCGAAUGUACGCCAGCGUGUGCGACUCUCUCAGGGAGGGUAUCGCUCUCUGUGGCCGGUCACCGGCCGAUCACCGCCUUUGAGCCCCAAAAGAGAUAAACGCAUGUGGAUAAAGCCACAUAAA